AUGUCUUGUGGAGCUUCAUACCAGACGGAAAAGUCAGAAACAGAGACCACAGCAAGGAAUCAAAGACGAAGCCGCACCAAAUUCACAGAAGACCAGUUGAAUAUCCUCAUCAAAGCAUUCAAUCAAACACCUUACCCAGGUUAUGCUACCAAACAAAAGCUUGCUUUAGAAAUCAACACUGAAGAGUCUAGAAUCCAAAUUUGGUUUCAGAAUCGAAGAGCUAGGCACCAAGUUCAGGAAAGAUUAGAACAUGAGAAGGACUUAGAAGCAAGCCAAGACCAAGAUCACCCUGAAGAGAAGAUUCAUGGUAGAGAAGAUAGACGGUGUCGUACCAGCUAUACUUCCUCCCAAUUACACACCCUCAUCACAGCCUUUACAAACAACCCUUAUCCUGGGAUUGAUUCCAGAGAGCAACUUGCUAAGCAAAUUGGGGUUCCAGAGUCAAGAGUCCAAAUUUGGUUUCAAAAUCGAAGAUCUAGAUUCCAUGUACAGAAAAAAAGAGAACGUGAUGAGCUCUUACAACACAAACAAGACCAGGAACGAAAUCUCUGAGACAUGGGAGUUCAAGGUACAGAAAUUACACCAAAUGGCACCAAUGUCAUUAACAACUGUCUUAUUUCUCUGAAGUCAGAACAGAAUGGACCAAGAGAUAAAUUUGAUGUCAUCAGCCUGGGCUCCAAAUCUCUCUCAUCCUGGGAACAUACCCUUCUAAAUGUACUGUCAGCUUCUUGAGAAGCUGAGCCUUCUGGAGAUGGUUAAGCAGAACUUCAGGAGGCAGACAGAUACAAGGCACCACACAGCCCUAUCCAACGAAGCCUGGCUCCACACUUCAGCAGAUGUCAAAGAAAAUGAAAAUAAACUCAUUCAUAUCAUUUUUAAGUCAUCACAGUAUUGAGUGAUUCAGGGAAAAAGCAAUGGAUGUGUGGUAUUGUGAUUUAUAAGAAAUAUACAUUUGCUCCUCAUCUACAGAGCUAAAGCUCUUGGAAUUUCCUAUGAUGAGAGCAAUAAAAUGACGCUUGUUAUGUUAAUGAGUGACAUGGAAAAAGCCCAGAAGGAUGCCCAGAGGACAAAGCAUGUGAUUAGAGGGUUGGAAUUUUCUGUCUUAUCCCUGGACCUCUGGGAGGGAAAAGGGCCUAGAGGUUAAAUGAAUCUCUAAUUACAACGAUGUGAUCAGUCAUGCCUAUGCAGUGAAGCCACCAUAAAACCCGAAAGGGUGGGGUUCAGAGAGCUUUGGAGUUGGUGAACACAGAGAUUCAAGGAGAGAAGAGUGGCAUGCCUGGAGAGGACACGGAAGCUCUGAGCUCCUCCUCAUAUACCUGGCCCUGUGCAUCUUUUCAUCGGGCUGUUGAUUCAAAUCCUUUAAUUUCCUUUGUAAUCCGUAAUAUAAUGAGUAAAUGAGUGUCCUGAGUUCUGUGAACUGUUCUUACAAAUUAGUAGAACCCAAUGAGGAAGGAAUGGGAACCUCUGAUAUAUAGUUUGUGCCUAAGAUUGUGUCAAUUUUCCUAAGAGGAAAAAGGAUUAUUUAUAUAUUUUCUAAAAUAUAACAUACAAUUACCCAUUUUAGUCAUUUUUAAGUGUACAAUUAGUCGCAUUAAGUACAUUUACA